CCUGACUCCAGGGCACCGCAGAGGCAAGAAGCCAGCGCGCUGUCUGCCCGGAGAUGUCACUCUGGGUGCACGCGAGACCCGGCUGCAACUCUCCCCCUGUCAAGGCUUCCCGAGACAUCUUCAAGUACAUGGUGACCCCCGACCGCAUCCCGCAGUUCAUCAUCCCCUCGCUGGACAUCCAGGAAGGCCGCAGACUCUUCAGCAAGGUGAAGCCGCAGACGCAGCCCGAGAGGAAGGCCCGGAGGAGCAGCUCAGACCCCACGGGGAAGAAGGCUCAUGCUCUGCCCUGCUCCCUCCUAUCCUGCUCCAGCCUGGAGCUGGCUGUCAAGGUGGAGGAGAUUUCAGACCCUGUCACCCGGGCAGCCCUAUCCCUGCCCCACUUGCCCAAGAUCACCACCCCGUAUGGCUUCGUCACCCUGGGGGAAAGCCCCCAGGUCACCAAUGAGGAGGCUUUGUUUUUCCACUUGGACUUUGCUUCUCCCAAGUGUCCUGGCGUGAAACCUCCUGCCCCUGAGAAGCCGGGAAGCUGGAGAGACCCCGAGAUGCCCACGGCCCUGACAGACGGUUGCUCUCGAGCGGCCGGCUGCUUAAGAGACUGGCAGCAGCACCAUGCCCAGCAGACCAGCUGCAGAGGCAGCAACGGGAGCCAGAGCGCUGACCACCCAGCCAGGCCCCUCUUACCACAAAGACGUUCCAGUCCCAUAAGAAGCAAAGAGGCCAUAGGUGUGUUGGGGAGCAGAGAGGCGGAGAGGGUGGAGGGUAAGAGGAAGCCUGCGUCCUUUGAGACGGGCUGUCAGAGGAGCACCUCCAGUCCCGAGCUCCGGGGCAGAAAGCCCCAGAGAAACUCACUCCAAAAGAUCCUGAAGAAGCGCUUCGCCCAGCUCAAGCUUCUCAAGUCCAUGCAUUUCACCCUCCAUUGA